GUGCAGACAAUGAGUUAUUAUAAGCAUCAUGCACGCAUUAUCCUACGGGUUCUGAUAAUACUUUCACUCAGCAUCAGAUCACAUAGCUGGUUCUUUUCUAGUGGAAAGGGCGAUUCCAUUGAAACACCUUCAAAACUUCCUGAAAUUUCCAGUAGUAUGGUUGUUGCUGAAUUCUCCAUGGAACCAUUUAAUAGCAGAAGGGGGGCGACCUUACUAGAAAAGGCGAAAGAGAAGGCUGCUUUGCCUAAUUCUUGCUGGCAAAAUGCAUAUCAAAGUCUCUUUGCAGGAUGCGCAAAAAUAUUAGCAGAUGAAGAACAAAGGUCUAGACUAGCUUGGUAUCUUACUGAUUGUUUUCAGAAAGAUAUUGGGAAGUCUCCUUUUCCUUACUGUGAUGUAAAAUCGCGCAUGAAAGAUUGUUUAAAGAGAGUUGACCAGGAAGCUCAUAGCCAAUAUCUUGAAUUCUAUCUCGAGACUAACACCAUUUGCCAUCAGUUACAGACAGAUGCAUUCAAGAGACAAACUGAAAGAUUAGUGAAUGAACUUAAAAGAAGUGCUGAAAAUGCAGAGGACAAGUUAGAGAACAUAGAAGAGCAAGCAAACCGUCUCUUGCAUAGUUCAGAUAAUAUUCACGGCUCCUUAUCUUCUAUCGAAGUUCAAACACAAGAACUGGCUCAAACAUCAAAACAAGUUGAAGAACGUGUUAGUGUCGUGUUAUUGAAUUCACAAUCUGUUUAUGAGCAAUCCCUCAAAAUAGCAGAUUCUCAAUUGGAGCUGGGUAACCGACAAAUAAAAAUGAAUGAAAAGGUGGAUGAAGGAAUGGCAAUGCUCAAUGAAUCUGCCAAUAAGUUGUGGGAAGAAAUGAACCGAUUACAGAGUGAAGCAGCUGAGAUAGAAAAGGAAAUUGGUAAAGUUCGAGAUGCAAUGUUUAUGAAGAUGGAAGAUUUGCAAAACAAAGCUGAUGAUAUUGACAACAAAGCAGAAAUGUCCUUAGUAAAGCAAAAACAACUUCUAGAACGCCAAAUGGCAGCCUUUGAAGUUCUCCAGACGGUUAUAAGUUUCCAGCACCAAGCACUUGAAGAGAGCAGGGCGACUGUGCAACACAUGAUGCAGCUUGGUCAUAGUCAUCAGCAUGAACUCAUACUAAAACAAGAAGAACUUAAAAAAUCUCACGAUCAUCUAUUCGAAAAGUCACAGACAAUAUUGGCUGCUCAGGAAAUGUUUGAGUCAAAGCAAGCAAGUAUGUUCCUUGCAAUCGACAAACUCUUCAUUCUACACAAUGCAAUUUUGGUUGAAUCACGUGUCAUCAAAGCUUUCCUUGUAUAUUCUGGAUUAAUCUUCAUUCUGUACAUGUUUACUAGCAUGAAGCAAACAUACAGUGUGAGAUCCAGGCUAUAUAUAGGGUUAUGCUUGACAUUCUUGAUUGAAUUUUUGGUACUUCGAUAUGGAAAUGACGUUGAACAACAAGCAUGGAUUAUAAGCAUUGUCAGGUUUAUCUUUAUGCUACUUGCAUCAUGUCAACUUCUGUAUUCCCUCUACUCAUACAGAGACUACGAGACACUAAACCAUCAGAUGCUACAAUCACUAAUUGAGAAGGUUAAUGGCAUCCAAAAGAAACAAUUGUCAUAUGAUGAUGAUGAUGAUGAUGAUGAUGUUGAUGUGAACUGGUCUAAAUGGGUUGACAGCGAUAUAUCUGAAGAUGAAGUGGAAGGCCUCAGACAAGACCAUUCUCAAGACCUUGACUAUAUGCUCCCAGAUGAAGUCAAAGAAGCUUCAACCACUAGUUCAGUUUCAAGAGUAUACAAUCUCCGUCACCGUGGUCCCUAGCUUCAAGAUUUGCUUAGGAAUUACUCGUACUAAUUAGUUGAAGGACUCUAAUAACCCAUGUGAGAUUAACUAUUGAGUUCUACAUUAUACAA